AUGGUCGUGGACAGGCAAGUCUGCUCGCAGUACUCGCGGGGCGUAUUCGCCAUCUUUGGCCUGUACGACAAGCGCUCGGUGCACACGCUGACGUCGUUCUGCGGGGCGCUGCACAUCUCCCUGAUCACGCCCAGCUUCCCCACCGAGGGAGAGAGCCAGUUCACGCUGCAGCUCCGGCCCUCCAUCCGCGGGGCGCUGCUCUCGCUACUCGACCACUACGACUGGAACAAGUUUGUCUUCCUCUAUGAUACGGACCGGGGUUACGCCAUACUGCAAGCCAUCAUGGAGAAGGCGGGCCAGAACAGCUGGCAGGUGAGCGCCAUCUGUGUGGAGAAAUUCAACGACGCGGCCUACCGGCGCCUCCUGGAGGACCUGGACCGACGGCAGGAGAAGAAAUUUGUCAUCGACCUGGAGGCCGAGAGGCUCACCAACAUGCUGGAGCAGAUUGUCAGCGUCGGAAAACAUGUCAAAGGCUACCAUUACAUCAUGGCUAACUUGGGGUUUAAGGACAUCAACCUGGAGCGCUUCAUGCAUGGAGGGGCCAACGUGUCGGGCUUUCAGCUGGUGGACUUCAGUAACCCCAUGGUCAUCAAGCUGAUGCAGCGCUGGAACAAGCUGGACCAGAGGGAAUACCCAGGCUCCGACAGCCCCCCGAAGUACACGUCGGCUCUGACGUAUGACGGCGUGAUGGUGAUGGCAGAGGCCUUCAGGAACCUACGUAGGCAGAAGGUUGACAUCUCUCGCCGGGGCAAUGCUGGGGACUGUCUGGCUAACCCCGCCGCCCCCUGGAAUCAGGGCAUUGACAUGGAGCGCACCCUCAAACAGGUCUGGCUGCAGGGAUUAACAGGUAAUGUCCAGUUUGACCACUAUGGACGCAGGGUCAACUACACCAUGGACGUGUUUGAGCUGAAGAACAACGGACCCAGACGAAUGGGUUACUGGACGGAUUCAGACAAGUUGGUUCUGAUCCAGAAUGAAGCCCUCAAUCCCAACGAAAUCAUGGAGAACAGAACUGUCGUGGUCACCACUAUCAUGGAGGGUCCCUAUGUCAUGUUGAAGAAGAACUGGGAGUUGUACGAGGGCAACGACCAGUAUGAAGGCUACUGCGUGGACCUGGCCUCGGAGAUCGCCAAACACAUCGGCAUCAAGUAUAAGAUCGCUAUCGUUCCUGACGGAAAGUACGGUGCCCGGGACCCGGAGACCAAGAUUUGGAAUGGAAUGGUCGGGGAGCUGGUGUACGGGAAAGCGGAAAUCGCUGUGGCCCCAUUGACAAUCACGCUGGUCCGGGAGGAGGUGAUCGACUUCUCCAAGCCCUUCAUGUCACUGGGCAUCUCCAUCAUGAUCAAGAAGCCCCAGAAGUCCAAACCUGGGGUUUUCUCCUUCCUGGACCCGCUGGCCUACGAGAUCUGGAUGUGCAUUGUGUUUGCCUACAUCGGCGUGAGCGUGGUGCUCUUCCUGGUCAGCCGCUUCAGCCCGUACGAGUGGCACACCGAGGAGCCCGAGGAGGGCACCGACGGUCCGCCCAGCGACCAGCCCCCCAACGAGUUUGGCAUCUUCAACUCCCUCUGGUUCUCCCUGGGCGCCUUCAUGCAGCAGGGCUGUGACAUCUCCCCCAGGUCUCUAUCUGGGCGUAUCGUGGGUGGUGUGUGGUGGUUCUUCACCCUCAUCAUCAUCUCCUCCUACACGGCCAACCUGGCUGCUUUCCUCACAGUAGAGAGGAUGGUGUCGCCCAUAGAGAGUGCUGAAGACCUGGCUAAACAGACAGACAUAGCCUACGGCACCCUAGACUCCGGCUCCACUAAAGAGUUUUUCAGGAGGUCAAAGAUCGCAGUCUACGAGAAGAUGUGGGGCUACAUGAAGUCGGCCGAACCGACUGUGUUUACCAAGAACACCCAGGAGGGGGUUGUACGUGUGCGGAAGAGCAAAGGGAAGUACGCUUUCCUAUUGGAGUCAACCAUGAACGAGUACACGGAACAGCGGAAGCCCUGCGACACCAUGAAGGUCGGCGGCAACCUGGACUCCAAAGGAUACGGAGUGGCCACCCCCAAGGGUUCACUGUUAAGAACUCCAGUAAACCUAGCCGUGUUGAAACUGAGUGAAUCAGGCGUCUUAGACAAGCUGAAAAACAAAUGGUGGUACGAUAAGGGCGAGUGUGGACCCACGGCCUCAGGAAGUAAGGACAAGUCGUCUCAGGCCCUGUCGUUGAGCAACGUGGCGGGGGUCUUCUAUAUCCUCGUGGGGGGCCUGGGCCUGGCCAUGCUGGUGGCCCUCAUUGAGUUCUGCUACAAGUCCCGGAACGAGGCCAAGCGAAUGAAGCUGACCUUCACAGAGGCCAUGAGGAACAAGGCACGCCUGUCGAUCACAGGCAGCGUGGGGGAAAACGGACGCGUCCUGACGCCUGACUGUCCCAAAGCGGUCCACUCGGGCCCCUCACUCCGCCAGAGCUCCGGCCUGGCCUUGGUCUCCUCCGAGCUCCCGUGAAAACCAAAAACCUCCAAAGUGCCUUAAAAAACUAUUCUACCCACAACCACCAUAUACCACAAAGACACAGGACAAGCACCACUCUAACCGGACACCACUAUUGUCUGGGAAGAGAGGGACUAUCUAACGUUGUGGACGUUUUCUAAUGUAGCAGAGAUGGGGACUCUAGUGAAUUUGUGGUCAUUUUAGAAGGAUUUCUGUGGAAAAGUACAAUCUGGAUUUUCACUGUGGUCACGCUAGGGCGUAUUGUAAUCAUGGUGGCGUUUUCUGGUGCAGAGGUGGAGAUUGCGUCUGACAUGUUCUACUCAAGACCCUGUACCAACUUACCAUACCUCGCACUGGCGAAGGAAGAGGAGGAGGAAGAAAUGAGAGUCAAGUGAAAAUGAAAAGUAAAUGACCAGAAAACUGUCAACUUUAAACGUGUAACUGAGUAUCUCUGGGUUGCUGACUGUGAAUUGGCAAACUGAAUCACAAUCAAAAAGUGGACAAUAUUUAUUACCAGUUGAGAACAGUGUUUGAAAGACAACUGUCAGUCAACAAUUCACUAAAUAUAAAUCACUGACAUCAUGAGGCGGAGUGUCCCCCGGUGUCACCAUGGAGAUAAAAACUAUAAUUAUUAAUGAACUACAGUAACUCUAUUGUUAAUUAAUAUAGGAUAAAUAAACUGUGAAGAUUUAGUAAAUAUGUAUAUUCUGUGAAGACAAAGCUAAAGAAAAAAUAUUUGCGGUACAUAGAGGAGACUGCAUAACAUGCUUGCUUUUUAAACAGAUGUAAAUAGCUGAUUCGGUAGUGGACAGAGGACUGUUCUCUUUUUGUAAACAUCUUUAAAGAAAUAAUUCAUCGCAAUAAUGAAUAAGUCGUUUGAGGAGAGACAUUGAGACAGUGUUUUAUUUCUUCGAUGUUCAGUACACAGAGUACUGUGUUCAGAAGAUAGAGUGCUGAACAUUCAUGCUCAAUGUUCCAUGGGUAUAGUAUCAACUCUGCCCAUCCAGAUACCUGUUCCCUACAUAUUAAUAUAUUCAGCGAUGAAUGUGAACUAGCCCCUCCCAAUCCUCUAGCCCACCCCAUCCUCUAGCCACACCUCCUCACUGUGCAGUCGUAGACCAGAAAGUGUCUCAUAGACCAAACUUUACAUUUAAGCCCUUUACUUGCGUUUCCGCUGUCAAAAUUGAAAUAUAUAUCGUUCGAUACAUUUUUAUGUAACGAACAAAUACAUAAACUGUCCGUCUCCUGGUUUUUCAGCGUUUUUUUUUCAACGUUCACGGCUUUUGAACGUCUCUUAUCUGGGUAGUUAUUUUAGAUAGUUGUGUGUGGAGAGUAUAACGCAAAAAUGAAAUGUGAAAUGAGAAAAAAAUGAAUUCUCAUUGCUAUAUUAUUUUGAGAGUCAAAGCUAUUUCCUAUACAGUAUUUAUUAAUAAAAAAUCAUGAAGAAGAA